ACGCAAGAAAGUUUGGUGACUCCCCGCGCCGCUCAGCGACUAUAAAUACCGCUGCGCCCAUCCUACCACUCGCAUCGCAGCCGUGAGUCUCACUCCACCCCGCCGGCUCCACUCCGCCUCUUCACGACAAGCGGCGCGCAAGCCAUGGCCUCACAGGGUCGUCAACGUCGCCACCGUGGCCCCCAACAGAAGACUUCCUCGGGCAAACUUCUCACCCCGUACCAGGGAAAAAACCGUUGCUUUGGCACGUUCCAGUGCCCCCAGUGCAAACGCACGUGGAUGAGCGCGUCCUCCUGGGCCAACACGGGGCAGAAAUGCGAAAAGUGCAUCAUCAACGUGUACCCCUACAAGCAGGAACCCCUGAAUACGCCGGACAGUGAGAACACGCUGGACCCAAGAAAGCAGCACCCCUCUCACCUGUGCGAGAUGUGCAAGAAGUUGGGACACAGCUGCGUUAAGAAGCACCUGUGGAGCGGCGGAUGACACCGAUGGCGCGCCGCUGCCGGGGAGGGGGGCUACGCUCACGGUGCCAUGGACCUGCUUCAGCGCCUACCACCGAGUCGACCAAUCAAAACGAAUCAGGACCCGGGCCCACGUGGCCAAAGUGGCCCACCCGACGCGCAGAAUGGCACGUCGAAGAUUUGGGCAGCCUGCGAGUGGCACGUGGCCGAAUCCCAAACCGUCGACCACCAUCGUAAACACUCUGCCGCCACUGCCCCUGCAGUCUUCACUCAGUAGUUUACAAUUAAGAUAAAAAAAAAGUAUUAAUGAUAUGGCCCUCGAGUCCUAAUGUGAGGGACAAAGCGAACCCCUUCCCACUUGUCCCAACCCAAAUAUGGAAGUCAAACUCUACCUAUGGACGAGAUCCACUCUGGUCCUGAACUGACAAUCGAGCGGAUAACGAAUCUAAAAUUACACCUUUAAUCUGCUGCUAUUAAUUUACAUGAAAGAAAAGAGAAAGCCCUACCAUAGGCCCGAGCCCCCAACCCCUCAAGCCCUCAACACACCCACAGAGCACGUGGCAUCAACAUUUUUGCCACUGGGCUCACUUCUCUUUCUGCGUCGCAGCGUUUUUUUUUUGCCGCACACGAGCAAACACAAAAUUAACGCGACUCAUCAGCGCUUUUCGAAUUGAUUUCAAAUCGUGUCGAGAUAUUUAAAGCUCCUUGCAAAUUGAAGCAACAAUAAAUCAAAAAUACCAUCCGUAGCAUUAUUGCUAUUUGCGGUAAGGACAUAUGAUGAUUAAAAAGAGUGCUGAGAGAAAUUUAAACCCAAGGUGAUUGUACAUUACUAAUAGGGGUUUUCCCCUUUUUUCUGGAAACAAAACUGACACCUUUUGCAAGGAAUCAUGCUUACAUUAACCACAAUACUUGCAGUCAAAUGCAAACAAAAAACAAUACUCUGAUAAUUUAUGCAUUGUCUUUGAAACUGAUUGGUCCACACCAGAGACAGCUUUCUUUAGAGCCUAGUCUCAUAUGGUGUUCGACCAGAUGACGCCAAAAGGUGAUUGUACAUGUUUAUAAGAUACUGAGCAUCGUUUUAAAAUAAACCUACUUGUCGAUAUCC